AUGGGCAGCAAGAUGGCAGUGGCCACCCCGGUCAUGCAGGUUGUCAAGCCACAUACUCCACUAAUAAGGUUACCUAACAGAAAAGGCUACCCCAAACUGAAUGUACCAGAAUCUUUAACAUCAUUCAUGCUUUCAUCUCACACUUCUAUAGUACCACAGCAUUCUGUGAGUGGUAAAUUGAGUUUGUCAAUGAAUCGUGGUCUGCCAGAUACUGCUGAAAUCAUAAAAACAUUACCACAGAAAUACAGGAGGAAACUCAUGUCUCCAGAAGAGAUUGAAUUUAUUCAACAUGGAGGUCCAGAGUAG